CUUCACACUACAGCCAUGACCUCGAACAGCGCCAACCGUCCUAAGCAACCUCCUCGCACUGUAAUCUUUGCCAAUUUUCCGAGCUUGAAAGUUAUCGAGCCGCCGAAAGGCACCUUCUCUACGCGGAAUGACCAGUGGUGUUUGACCUACUGCUCCCAGAAUGUGGCUGGGCGGAUCCACAACCGUGGUCCUUGGUGCCGCUCAGUUUGCAUACGGAAGGUUUUCUCGCAUGAAGUACGGAAUGUCAUCCAGUUCAAGAGCCACAAGGAGAUCGGGGCUGAUGGUAAAGCCCGCUACCCCCUCCCAUCGGAGGGUCAGCCAAUCAACCUACCGUCGUAUCUGGGGGGAAAGCAAAUCGAAGACCCCGAGCAUGGACGUAAGUCCCCUGGCGAUGUGAAGUACUGGGAUGAAGGCUGGUACUUCUGGAAAUCAACGACCUUCCUUGGCGCACAUGAUAUCAUUUCCCGCCUUCCGCUGAAUCUUGAAUCGCAAACUCGACAGGAGGAGAUAAGAAUAGCGAAGCGGAAAGUGUGGCAGGAUUAUCAAGCCUUUCUCCGGGCAGGCAGACCGAAGUCGGAGGAAAAUAGAUGGAUUGGACCCGUUGUCCCUACCAACGUUGGCCCCGAUGUGUCUUCUCAAGCUCUGCUCGUACCCCUACCACUUGACACGGAACCACUGCUUCAACCAAUCCACCACCUCCUCGAGCCUACGCGGCAUUCACUAGAGCUUCUACAGGAGAACUGGAACGACGGACAUUUCCGCAAAUUCGGGCAACGAGUUUGGGAGAAGUCUUUGUCUGGGGAGCCGUACGCCUUGGUUUCGCGUGCUUACAACUUUGCGUACGAGCAGUGGAAGAACAAAGACAACAAUGACGACGAUGACACGGAGAAGGAAACGUAG